AUGUCUCUGUUGGGUGCAUUCUCCACGACCUCAAAGAAGGUAAAGCCACACGUUAAGGAGGCUCCUCUCACCGAACGACAAAUUCAACUUAUUCAGGACUCAUGGACACUCGUAGAGAAUCAGAAGCAAGAAGCAGGGAUAAAACUUUUCACAAGAUUAUUUAAGAUCGCACCAUACAUCCGUGACCUGUUUCCGUUUGGGUACGACCCGGCGAGUCCAGGACUCAAGACGCAUGCGCUGGGAGUCAUGGAUACUGUGGAGGUGGCCGUGAGGGUACUGGACGAUCAAGAAAGCUUGGCGCUUAAAUUGGUUGAGCUUGGACAAUUUCAUAAGCGGUUUGGACUGACCAAUCAAGAGUUUGAGGUAACUCAAGCAAUCAUUGUUACCAUGGUUAUUACCACCAUUAUAGCAUCGCCAUCACCAUGA